AUGAGCUUUUGUUACUUUAAACAGCAAGCAGAUUUAUUAUUUUUACCAGAUGAUAAUGGAUUCAAGUAUGCAUUGGUAGUUGUAGAUUUAGCAAGUAGAUUGACAGAACCAUUUCAAAAUAAAACAGCAAAAGAGGUAAGAGAUGAAUUUAUCAAGAUUUAUAAAAGAGGAGUACUAAAACAACCAAAUAUUAUUCAAAUGGAUCCAGGUACAGAGUUUAAAGGUGCAACAAAACAAUACUUUGAACAAAACGAUGAUUCUUUAUAA